AUGCACGCAGGGGAGCGGCUGGCGGGUCUGGUGGACCCGGUGCUCAGCCCGUGCGACAACUUCUACGAGUACGCGUGCGCCACCUGGGCAGAAGAGCACCCCGUGCCUCGGGGUGCCCAGAAGGUCUCAUACCAGUCGACCAUCAUCAACUACGUCGAGAAGAAACUGGACGACAUCGUGCGAGCCGAGCUUCGGAAGGUGGUGUCCAUGCCAAUGGCCUUCAAUUUCCUGUCAAGCCACGUGAAAGCCAUUCUCAUGAGAAAUGCCUGCAUGGAAGUGGAUCGGCUGAACGACCGCGGCCUGGGACCCCUGCGGGAGGUGCUUCAGACGCUGCACCUGACCGAGUGGCCCACGGUCAAGAUCGACUUCAACGACUCGCUCAUCGAGCGCGUGGCCGGCGCCCUGGGCUCGCGGCUCGGCGUGUUCCCGCUCGCUAGGGUCGACGUCGAUCGAGACCCCGACAACCCGUCCAAGUUCAUCAUCACGCUGGACGAGCCGUCGCGAGAGGUGGUCCGGCGCGGCUAUCUCCUGCACUCUGAGCGCGACCUGAUGGAAUACGAGACGGUGACGCGCAAAGCCUUCGACAAGCUACAGAACCCGGCGCUCAGCGACCUGCUUGGUUCGGCCGUGCUUGGCCUGGAGGACGAGAUAUCGCAGGCAAUGGGACCAAUAAUGCAGCAGGAGGAGAAGGUGCGGCAAUAUGUCAAAGUAUCUGUCGCAGACCUCCCCAGCUGCAGCAAGUUACACUGGCUGCACUUCCUGAACAACACCAUGGAGAAAGUGCGACCCGUGCACCGCAGCCAAGUGAUCGUCGUGCGCAACAUGCCUUUCAUCAAGAAACUGGCCGGAAUCCUCGAAGGGCGUCAAAGGCGCACCAUCGUGAACUACCUGGGCCUGAAGGCGCUGCUGGUGUUCUCGCCUCUGCUGCCUCCGAACAGCGAGGGCGCGGUGGCCACGCUCCUGGGUCGACUGCUGACGGGCCGCACGCCGGACCAGCUUCCGCGGUGGCGCCUCUGCCUUCGCGCCGCCGAGGAUGCGAUGCCGUUCGCUUUCCUCGGCAUGUACCACGACGUGUUCGUCAAGGAGCACAACGUUCUGCAGCUGCGCGCCUCGCUCAGCAAGAUGAAGGACCUGCUGGCUGCCUCCCUGGAAGACGUCGUCUGGCUCAACUCCAAGGACGCGCCCAGGGCGCUGGACAAGUUGAAGCGCCUCGAUUUCGUCGAGUUCUUCCCCGCCUGGGUCAUGAGUGAGGAGGAGCGAAAUGUGUUCUACGAAGCGGUCCGCGACUUGCCUGUGGGCAACUUGCUGCGCAGUCUGAUGAGCGCCAAGUCCGCACACAUCGACCAGCGCUUCAGGCGCCUGCUGUUCGAUCCUAAGCAAGCCGCAUGGUUCGGGUCGGUGUUCGAUGUCCACGUGACCUAUGACCCGCAGAACAACACACUUUACAUACCAAUGGCCAUGUUCGCCGAACCGAUGGGGUUUGACAGCGCCGAGACGCCCUUGUACAUUCCGCGCGUGCUGGCCGGCCUGGCCCAAGAGCUGAUGUCGGCGGUGACGGGCCUUGGCUCCCUCUUCGACGUCCAGAGCGGCGCCGUGCACGACUGGUGGGGCCCCGAGACUCGCGACGCGUACGCCAACUUCAGCAUUUGCCUGGCGCAGCAGUACAACGCCUCGAUCAGCGGGCUCUUCGUCAGCUCUCAAUACGGCGCGCUGACCGCGGAGUCCAACGUGCGCGACAACGCCGCCGUGGCCUUCUUGAGCAAUAUGUACACCAGGCACCUCAGGGAGCGCGGCAUCAAGGGGAACUUCGUGCUGGCCAACCUGCCCAACGUCACUGCCCAGCAGCUCUUCUAUACGUCAUACGCCAUGGGCUUCUGCGAGAAUUCCAACGAAGGCUACCCGCAGCGCCAUGUGAAGACCUCUACUGUGGCGCUCACGCAUCACCGAGUCAACAUUCCUUUGGCGAACAGCGAUGGCUUUGGCGACGCCUUCCGAUGCCUUCGGGGGACACCGAUGAACCCGCACGUCAAGUGCAAGUUCUGGAGGUUUCAGUAAAGAAAGGAAGAAAAAUGCGUGACUGCUCUCUUUGCAAUUCGCUGCAAAGCUUGUAGAGCGAUGUGAAUUGUGUAUUCUGGUGUAAUCGUGCGAUUAGACCUUGUC